AUGGCCAACAAGCCCGUCAUCGUGAUCGUGCCCGGCUCAUGUCAUAGGGCUGAACACUACCAGCGACUAGUUGAUAAGCUCACAAAAUACAACUAUGAAGCAAUCGCCUUGACCCCACCAUCCCUUGACUCCAACCCUCCCCAUGCCAGCUGGGACAAGGACGCCGAAGCGAUACGGCGCGUAGUAACGGAGAACAUCGAUGCUGGAAGGGACGUUGUUGCGGUUGCGCAUUCAUUCGGUGGCGUUGCGAUGAGCGAGGCGGUAAAGGGGCUGGGCAAGCGUGCUCGUGAAAAUGACGGGUUGAAAGGGGGCGUCGUGGGACUCGUCUACAUGACGGCGUUAGCACUUGUUGAAGGGCAGAGCCAAGCGACCUUGAUCGUACCGCAGACGCCAGAGGAGAAUGAGUUAUUCCUGGCAUAUCAAGAGGGGAUGAAGAAAUAUUCCAAAGGCAUGAUGCCGGUAAAUGAGGCCGGGAUGAUAGUGCCUGAUCGGGAGACGACUCGCCAGGUCGUCUAUCACGGCUGCGAUCCCAACGACGUAGAAGAGGCACUCGACCUGUUAGGAGCCCAGCCAAUAGCCCCGAUGGCAGCCCCAGUUACGUACACGGCAUACCGUGAAAUUCCGAGUACGUUCAUUCUGUGCGAGAAUGACCGGGCUGUCCCGCCAUACAUUCAAGAGAAGAUGGUUGCGCAGGCCGGCAAUGCCAUGGAAAUCGUGCGGUGUCAGGAGGGCCAUGUGCCGUAUCUCAGUAACCCAGGCUUGGUUGUGGAUUGUAUCCGCCGUGCUGCGGGCGAGAGUGUUUAG